CUCUGUAGGGUGGGGGCUCAUGCUGCCCCCCAGGUUCGGGGAGAUCCGCUCUGUCCGGACGCUGCCCGGACGCCACUGUGCCUUUGUCAACUUUGCCCACAAGAAGGCGGCCGAGGCGGCCUAUGCAGCCAUGCAGGCGGCAGAGCUGGGGGGCUCCCGGCUGGCGCUGCAGCUCAAGCACCCGUCCCACGCCACCCCCGCGCCCCCACGGCACCCGCUGCGCGGCGCUGGAGCCGGCGCGGCACGGCCAGCGCCCAACUGAGCCCUCGGCAGUGCCGGGUGCGGCUCCGCACAGCGCCCGUCCCAGAGCCAGUGCAGGGCUCGUCCUGGCACCGGGCACAGCGCCGGCGGAGCCACCGGUGCCCCCGCGGGGUCCGUGCUGUGCCCGCGCCGCGGUGUGUACCCCAUCGGCAAAUAAACGGGAUCAGCAGCACCGGGCUCCGAGCCUGUGCGCAAUCCCUCUG